CUGCGUUUGCGCCGAUUCUCUCACUAGUCGUGUUACUGGCGCACAGCCAUUCGCCCGUCUGUUACCUUACUUGACUUUAUUACGCGCGUAAAGUAAGCACGAAAAAUAACAAUUGAAUGGGAAACAAAAUAAUUAAGAAAAAAUUGGACUACCGGAUCAUUGACCUCAUUUCUGUGAUAAAAUAGUAACGGGAAAUAAGAAAAUUCGACGCAAUGUUACCAAGAUGGAGAAAAAACAUAGCGAGGCUGUUCCUAAUUCCUCAGCGGUACGUCCUGGGCAUAAUGGGUCUACUGGCCGUUUGCAACGCGUAUACAAUGCGCGUUUGUCUCAACCUGGCGGUCACUCAGAUGGUCAACAACACGAAGGGAGAUGAAGAGCAACAUUUUGACCCCAACGCUUGUCCUGAUGACAGUGAAUACUUCACGAAUGGAACUGUUAGUUCUAGACCGUACGCGAUAUUCGACUGGUCAGAAUCAACCCAAGGAUUGAUCCUCAGUGGAUUCUACUAUGGGUAUGCUAUCACCCAUGUACCUGGAGGCUACUUGGCUGAACGGUAUGGAGGAAAAUGGACCUUGGGAAUCGGUCUUUUAAGUACCGCCAUCUUUACUCUGCUGACUCCUGUGGUUGUCAAAGCCGGGGGAGCGACGUGGCUCUUCAUUCUUCGAGUAUUGCAAGGAAUGGGUGAGGGUCCCACAAUGCCUGCAUUGAUGAUCGUCCUAGCCAGAUGGGUUCCACCUCAUGAGCGUUCAAGACAAGGUGCUUUGGUCUUCGGAGGAGCCCAAAUCGGUAACAUCUUCGGGUCCUUCAUGUCUGGCUUCCUUAUGGCCGGAGAUGGGGACUGGUCUAAUGUGUUCUACUUCUUCGGAUGCUUUGGAAUACUGUGGUUUUUGGCUUGGAGCAUCCUAUGCUACAGUACUCCUAACACGCAUCCCUACAUUUCGGAGGAAGAGCUGAAGUACCUGAAUGAGACUGUGACCAGCGCUGAUACGCAGAGUGUACGGGAUCCUGUGCCUUGGAAGGCUAUCGUGCGCAGUGUGCCUGUAUGGGCACUGCUGUUUGCUGCUGUGGGUCACGAUUGGGGAUACUACACAAUGGUAACAGACCUUCCAAAGUACAUGACCGAUGUCCUGAAAUUCAACAUUGCAGCCACAGGAACAUUAACAGCUAUUCCUUACCUUGCCAUGUGGAUAAGCUCCUUUAUAUUCGGAUGGGUGUGUGACGUCUGUGUUAAGAGGAAUUGGCACACAAUUAAGACUGGAAGAAUAAUUCACACGACUAUAGCUGCUACCGGACCGGCGAUAUGUAUUAUAUUGGCGUCAUAUGCGGGCUGUGAUCGGUUCGCCGCCGUCGCUUAUUUCAUAGCCUCCAUGGCUCUCAUGGGAGGAUUCUACAGCGGAAUGAAGGUCAACGCGUUGGAUCUGGCACCGAACUACGCUGGCUCCCUUACUGCAAUGAUCAACGGAACUUCCACCAUAUCUGGGAUUAUUACACCAUAUUUAAUCGGGCUGCUAACACCUGAUUCAACAUUGGCCCAAUGGCGGAUAGCCUUCUGGGUUUGCUUCGCCGUCCUGGUUGGCACAAACGUGGUCUACAUCAUCUGGGCGGAUGGCAAACAGCAAUGGUGGGAUGACGUAAGACAAUACGGUUAUCCCGAAGACUGGAAGCAUGGACAGCUAAAGAUGGCCAAUCAAGACAAGGAGAAAAACAAACAGAUUGAGGCUAAGAACUCGUCGAAGUAAAUUCGUAUGUGUUGUGAUAAACUUAUUGAUUUAUUUUAGAAGUUCUAAUCAAA